UGUGUGUUGUCAUGGUAACCGAACGCUAACCGACUCACUUCUUGCUGCUGUUAGCUGCUUUAGGAAGAAUAAAUCAUGUCUGAUGCGGGAUCUGAAGACUUUGAAGAUGAGCAAGGUUAUCUAGGAGAAUAUGAAGGUGAAAGGAAUGAAGAAGGAGAGAGACACGGCGAGGGGAAAGCAGUACUGCCAAAUGGAGACACCUACCAGGGAAUGUACAAACAGGGCAAAAGAUGUGGGGAGGGGACUUACAGAUUUAAGAACGGGGCUCGUUACAUAGGGGAGUAUUACAUGAAUCUGAAGCAUGGACAGGGUGUUUUCUACUACCCUGAUGGUUCUAAGUAUGAAGGCUCAUGGGUGGAAGACCAGCGCCACGGUCAUGGCAUCUAUACAUAUCCCAAUGGUGACACUUAUGAUGGGGAGUGGCUGCAGCAUCAAAGGCAUGGACAAGGGGUGUACACAUACCACGACACAAAAUCAAAAUAUAUUGGCCCAUGGGUCAUGGGUAAGAUGGAGUCUGCUGGAGAGUUAAUUUAUCAGAACCACAGAUACCAGGGCAACUUUCUAAACAAUAAUCCCUCAGGAGCAGGACAGUAUGUGUUUGACAUUGGCUGCGAGCAACAUGGAGAGUAUCUGCAGGUUGUUCAGGAUAAAGGAGAUACAGAUGAGGAGGAACCAGUAACUUCCACCAUUCUAAAAUGGAAACCCAGAGCUAUCACUAGCUUAUCAUCCAACACCCCUGCUAAAGACAAUGCCUCAGACAAUGCCUCCUUGGGUCUGGGCUUGUCUGAGGAAGGAAUGGCACAGGUGCACCUAGAGGAACAAAAAACUGAGCAGACCUCAGCCCCGGAAGCCAGCUAAAUAUUUUGAAUGCUUUUCUUUUUCACAGAACUAUUGGUUUAACUAUCAUUAAACAAAUAUAUGCUUAUUUUCUCUAUAAA